CACACGGCUCCGCUGGUGCUGCUGUUCCUGGAACCUUCUUUGAGCACACUCAUACUUGUAUAGCAUGGCAUUACCCCGAUCACACCAAGCAGCAUACACACCAUCGGAAAUUGAGUUUCUUGCCGGGGAGGAAGAAAUUCUAAUAAUUCCAACGCAUUCAAUGCCAAAGUUACAGUUCAUUAGUGGCGUAUUUGGGCCAUUUCGCCCACCACUGAAAGCUAAAGUGCCACUUUGGCUUGCACUCAUGUUGAAAAAGCAUCACAUGUGCAGUAUAUUGGCUCCAGAAUGGCUUAGUGUUGAUAACUUGAAAAAGCUGCUUGAUGACGAAGAAACGGUCGCCGAGUUUAGUCCUUUACCAUUUCAUUAUAUGGAAAUAUCAAUGAUGCUUCUUGAAAGUGCACCCGAAGAUGUUCCGAAUAGCGAACAGAUACGAAGAUAUCUUAAAGACUUACGCGAAACUAGGCAGUCGAAAGCACGAGCAGGUCUUGCUGUACUCGAUGAUAGAUACUUGGGGAUGAACAACCUUUCUUUAAUGGAAAUCAAUGAAAUUCGACCAUUUUUCUCGCGAGCAUUCUUGGAGAUGCGGAAACUGAACCAUGAAGAUUCACGUUCUUCGCAGCCUCCCCCAUACUAAUACCCUCCAUUUCCUUCCUCUUUUUUAAACCAUUGCUACCAAUCGUGUGUAAAUAAAGACAUCUUGUAUCUUGUAUUUUCUUUCGAAAUCCUCAAACAUAGCAUGGCAAAACGGAAAAUGGCUGUAUGGGGCGAGUGCUUUCAAGCUCCAGUGCAUACAUCAUACACUCCUUGCCUCGAUCCGCGCGUGAUGUUCUUUGAUAGAUACGACCAAGAUAGAACCUAAUU